AUGACUUUAGACUCCAUGAUGGCUUGUUGCCUGAGUGAGGAGGCGAAGGAGUCCAAACGAAUCAACGCUGAGAUCGAGAAACAACUCCGGCGAGACAAGAGGGAUGCGAGAAGGGAGCUGAAGCUUCUUCUGCUGGGUACUGGAGAGAGUGGAAAGAGCACCUUCAUCAAGCAGAUGAGAAUAAUCCAUGGGUCAGGCUACACAGAUGAGGAUAAGAAGGGCUUCACCAAACUGGUCUACCAGAACAUCUUCACCUCAAUGCAGUCCAUGAUCCGUGCCACCGAGACCCUCAAAAUCCCGUUCAAGUAUGAACAGAACAAGAAUAAUGCCCAAGUGGUGCGCGAGGUGGAUGUGGAGAAGAUUUCAUCAUUCGAUCAGCCGUAUAUCAGUGCGAUAAAGAUGCUGUGGGCUGACCCUGGCAUCCAGGAGGCCUACGAUCGCAGGAGAGAAUACCAGCUCUCCGAUUCGACCAAAUACUAUCUAAGUGAUCUGGAUCGUAUUGCUGAAUCGUCCUAUCUGCCAACCCAACAGGAUGUGCUUAGGGUUCGAAUCCCAACCACUGGGAUCAUAGAAUACCCUUUCGACUUGCAAAGCAUCAUUUUCAGGAUGGUGGAUGUGGGGGGUCAGAGGUCAGAGAGGAGGAAGUGGAUCCACUGCUUUGAGAACGUCACCUCCAUCAUGUUUCUGGUGGCGCUCAGCGAGUACGACCAGGUCCUAGUGGAGUCGGACAACGAGAAUCGUAUGGAGGAGAGUAAAGCUCUGUUCAGGACCAUCAUCACAUAUCCCUGGUUCCAGAACUCCUCCGUCAUCCUCUUCCUCAACAAGAAAGACCUGCUGGAGGAGAAGAUCAUGUAUUCACACCUGGUUGACUACUUUCCAGAGUUUGAUGGUCCCCAGCGGGACGCCCAGGCGGGUCGGGAGUUCAUCUUGAAGAUGUUUGUGGACUUGAACCCAGACAGUGACAAGAUCAUCUACUCCCAUUUCACAUGCGCCACUGACACAGAGAACAUCCGCUUCGUCUUUGCAGCCGUCAAAGACACCAUCCUGCAGCUCAACCUCAAAGAAUACAACUUGGUGUGAAGAGUGAAACAGAAAGAGAGGGAGAGAGAGAGAGGGAGAGAGAGUGAGAAAGAAACCUGCAGCCCCACACACACACACACAUGAUGCAGAGUCUAGAAACACACACAUCUGCAUGAAACAUACCAUUAAGCAUUACCACAUACUUUAUCAGACUAAUACCAUCCAUGAUCUGUCCCUACUGUCCACUUUGCUCCUGGUUGUUGGAUUGCCCUUUUUUUAAAAGAACGGCUUACCGAUGUGUGGUUCCAAUAAUUCCUCCUCUUGUAGAAAAACACUCAAAUACACUCACUUCCCCCCAUGAUCUCGUACCGGGGCUCCUCUCGGUCCUCAUGUCGGUCAUGGCUCACAUUUCUUCUUUAUUUACACUACAUCAUCACCAGUGCUUGUGUGUUUGAGGUGGGUAGAGGGCCUUCUCUUGGUAAGCUUUUAUGGACAAAGGGCUCUCUCCCCUUCUUCUUAUUUAACCCAUGCAUGCGAUACACUACAGCAUGAGGGCAUGAGGCCAGGACCUGGACUCUGCUCAUCUGCGAAGGGUAACUAAUUAUGAUGAUAGGAAUAUAUUAUCAGGCAGUGCUGGGGUGCAGUGAGGUACUUCUUGGUUCCCCCAGGUCUUGAAUUGUAAUUUUGAAUUUUAUUUUUUUUUGUUAACCCUGCCCCAAAUCAGAGCACAGAAGCUCUGUUGAAUGUAAAUAAAGUUUUCGUGCUGCUCACAGAGAUGUGAGAGCUCGGCGGAGAUGAUGUCCUCUGUAGACUUUAAUAAUCUCAGCUAUGUUAACUUCUUGGUUCUAUUAUGACUGCUAUUGUUCUCCAAUUAAAAAUUGAAGGUGACUACUCAAAGGAAUGCAACGCUCCAGAAAGAAUCACAGUAUGUUCCUUUUACACUGCCCCUCAUUUUAGACAAUGUGACACAACACUACUGGUAGUUUGAUACUGUAUCAGCUCCCCUGUCAUUUUGAAUCACAUUGCCAAAUUAAAACCACCUAGUUUUUUUCUGUAAAUAUAAUUACGUCGCCAGUAUCCUGUUUAUCCCUUGAGUGGUUCAGAUAUUAACAAAACCUAUUUGGAAAUUGGUUUUGCCAAAAUUCAGUGUUCUCUCGGGAUGGAUCUUUCAGAUGUCGAUGGCAUAACGACUCACUUUGUGUGGCAUUCCUUCAUGCCGACCGUUAUCUGAAUCACACACACACGUAUUAGUACUGUGAUUUAUUUUAUUUUUCUCUUGAUGGUGAGAAUGAUAAUCCCGUGCAGACAAUGAUACCAGAUUAGUCCAGUGCAAUAGUCAGUCGUAGAUGAAAUAAAGCUUUUGCGCUGCCAGUUAGCUUAAGUCACACGUUGGUCUUGAUCAUCCAUAUGGCUUCUCUUUGUAAUCAACUUUACUUUGCCAUAUUGUUUGGCCAACAUUUAUUAAACUGUAAUGGACAGCAAGAGAGGGUAAAUAGUUCUUUUUUUGUAUGUCUAAUUUAUCAGACAGAUCUACGUAUUGUUGAUACAGUAAAUGAGACUUCCUCCCUAGUUUCAGCUCAAAUGUUUUUCCAGCCGAGGAGACAGGAGGAGAUUUUAUACUGCUGUAAAAUAUCAAAACUAUUUUAUGGACAAGUGUUCUAUCUUUCUAAUGAUACUUCAUAUAUUUAGUUGUUGCAGUUCUGUUUUGAAAUGCCAGACAAUGGACAACACUGUUUCCAUGUCAGGUUUGUGCUUUAUGCAAAUAGGAAAAUGAAAACAGACAAAAAACUUAGUGGUUGAAUACUUACUGUUCAAGGAUGCUUGCAUUUUUUUUGUAACUUUUGAGGAUAUGUGUUGGCUAUUGGUACCAAUCCCAUAUCGUGUCUCUUGCCUGAUAGUUGUUUAAAUAUUCCAUUAAGCUGAAAGUUGAUAGAUGGCUAUUUUUGUCUUCACAAUGUAAUUCAGGUAAGUUUUCAUAACUUUUUCAUCACAAGGGCUACUACUAGCAGCUUUGAUAGAAAUGAAAGGACUCUAUGGAUGGCAUAGAGCAAAUGGUGCAAUUAAUUAACAAGGGGGGCUUUGAAUCAAGAGUGUGUUGACAUCCUGUUGGAGGGUGAUGGCCGCAGGUUCAGUGAGGGAGGAAUGCAGCAGUCCACAGAUGCCUACAUGACACGCCUGAGGGAGGUCCGGUGGCUGUUUGGCUCUGUGAUCACUAUCAUUUUGCCUAUAGAGGAGGAGAAUGGCUAACAUCAAAAGAAGUUUUCCAUUGUGCAAUAGCACAUUUUUACCACCCUCUUAUGAAUUAUGUUUUGAUCUUGGCUUUAUAAUACUUUCCACUAAGUGGUUAUGCACAUUUGGCCUCUCACUGGUAGUGUUUCCUUGUUUGACUUUGGCAUUUGGCUGUGUUGGAAUCAGUAAAAAGGAGUGCUCGGGACAGUUUGACCUUUUUGUGCACAUUGAGAGAGCUGGAGGGGUCAGGGCAAACAUCAGAGAAAGUAUUACAGAUCCUGGCAUACUCCCUUGUCUUUAAUUGUUUGCCAAAAGGUUUAAUAGUCAUAUUUUUUUGUAGAAAAGCAAUAUGAUCUAUUAGUUAGAGUGAAUUGUACUCACCCUGUGUAUUACUAAGCCUUUCAUGCACCCAGUGAGCAUAACCUCCUCACCUCUGGUGGAAGUGUGUACCAUACAUUGAUGAAGCCAUUAUUUUGUAUGUUUAGAAAUUUAUUGAGGAAAGGGACAUAAAUUUGCUUUAAGUGCCACAAAUUUCUUAUGAGUUGAAACAAUAUCUGACUUUGACAUGUCUAGUUCCUUUGGCUGGGAUCUUGUUUUUCCAUCCUGAAUUGGUAAUGGGUUCAUCCUUGAUGCUUCAACCAACAUUUAAAGGCCUUUUCUUGAUCAGUUUGUCCCGUGUGUAGGACGGUGCUUUUCACACCGCCUUGCUAACAGAUAAUUUUGAGACUGCCACAGCUCAGUAUGCUUUUGAUUUUUUAAUAAAGAGGUAAUAUAUUAUGAUAGAUGAAUACAUAAUGUAAGACUUUAAGUGGACUUGUAAAGGAACAUUGUGUUCUGGGUGUAUUUGUGUUUUGAGCCUUCACGAUGAACACUCUGAACUCCCUGAACUGCGGCAUACCACCUUAAGUGCAGGCAUGUGGUCUCUUGGAUUCACGGGCUGUUACGACGAUGAUAAAAUGGAAGUGGCCACUCCAGGGACGAUAUUUGCCAUGAUGCCGUACUCUUUAAAAAUCAGUUUUCACCUACAAGUGACAACAUGUGUACUUCAUGCCUUGUCUUGUUAGCACCUCACACAGAAAAAGUCAAUCGGCAGCACUGCCGGUGAUUGGAGCCAACAACAGAGCUGGGUCUCUUAUUUAAGGUCCUUCUGCUAUUUUCUUCAGCAUUCUGGAGAAGGUUUGUACGACAAUCCCGUACAAAACACUGUAACAAACAGAAUCAGCCACAGAAAAGAAAGUCAUUUGGACCUGACCCAGAUCUCUGCGAUAAAACUUCAGUUUGAUCCACUUUUUACAGGAUGGUUUCUUUUUUUCCCAAUUGAAGCUUCUGUGUUAAGCCUCAGUAUUAAUGUAUUUAUUGAAAGACUUGCCAAGUGAAGGUACUGAAGAGGCCAUUCUGAUAUUUUGGUGGUUAUUGUAGAAAGUGAAGAGUGAAUGAAUCUGCUGCGUGUUUACAUGUCCGCCAUUCUCCGCUCCCCCCCUCCUCCUGUACUUGAUUGGACUGUGUUCUUUCCCUGGGUCGAAGGCACUGAAACUGCACCACUGCAAUGGGCCUGCGUACAUGCAACUUAGAUGUCCGUUCAAGCGCGCUCGUUGGUACUCUGAGGUGUGUGUGCGUGUGUGUAUGUAUGUGUACACUUUUGAUGGCUAUUGCUUAUGCUUGAGAACCAUUCUUAGUAGAGGGAUGGACAUACAGUGAUAUUAAAAAGCUAUCUUUGCAUCUUUUUUUUGUUUUGUUUCUUUUUUUUUUAAGGUUGACACACCUUAAUACGUGUAUUUAGGACCACUUAAGAUGACAGACUUUUUUAAAAGAGUUCAAAUAAACUUUGUGUAGUGGUGUACAAAUUGAAAGUAAUGUAUUUUUGUUUGAUUUUUUUCUUCUUUUUUAAGUAUACCAAAUGUAAAUUAUGUACAAUGAGUGUGCCAAUCCCCUUUCUUUGUAAAGCCAGAUUCUUAACAAGUGCCAAUGUUGUGAAAAAUCAGAGGGCCUGUGAAUUUCAUGGUCCAGUUUUUAAAACAAAUAAACACUUAAGUAUGUGAUUAAUUAACUUAAAAAAGGACAAUUUUAUUCUAUAUUUAAGAUUAAUAAUGAACUGCUGUUUUUAAGAUAAAUGUCAUUUUAAUUGCAUGUGUUUGUCAGGUUGGGGAUGGAGUGGGUGGGUGAGAUACUGUAUUCAUGCAACACCCUCAUGAAAAGGGUCCUAAUGGUUAUUGAUUUACAGUAUUUUAGCCAUAUUUCUCUUUUGUAUGUUUCAUUUCAACCACUGUUGCCUGAACCUCAUUCAAACAUGAAAAUGAUUUUCAUAGCCUUCUCCUUUAAAUGUUUUAAAUUGGAAUAAAAUAUGUUCCUAUACUCUC